UCAGGACCGCGAGACAUGUGGCUGAGACUUUCAGAAAGCUGCGCUCCGUUUUUAGCUAAGCACAUCUCCCGGACAGUGCGAGUCGUCAGAAUUUCAUAGCACUAGCUUGGACGCUAACGCCAGUCUACUAGGUGCAAAGCAGCUACAGCAGCGCGUAAAGUGGUGAUCAGGAAAGUCCGGGGCGGACAUGACUGGAGCUGGAAGUGGCGGCCAGGGCCCACCGGAUGGGACGGAUGCUGAGGAGGCAGAGAGGUGUCCUAUCUGCCUGGGCGUCCUGGCUGGAGGCGAACUGGCCAUGCCCGACAGCUGUUGCCACGUCUUCUGCCUCAGAUGUCUCCUCACAUGGGCAGAGUUGCAGAUGGCUCCUUCCUGCCCGGUGGACAGAAGACCUUUCACUAAUGUUUACAGAUGGGAUGGGAAUCUCAGCUGUGUGCAGGUUCCUGUGAGGAAACCAGCGACUCCACCUGAAGCUGAGAGUUGCUGCUGUAGAAACCCCAAACAAAAAGUCUGUCUCAAAAGUAAACCGGCAAGAAGGCUGAGAAGGCAAAAGGUGGAGAGGACGGCAAACGGCAAAACAAAAGGACUCGUCAGGAAAUGUAACGAGGAUGACCCUUCCUCACUAAGCAGAAAAAAGGUGAGAGGAACAGAUUGCUGUACCUGGUCACCGUCUCCCUGUGUCUCAGUAACGACGUCUACUCAGGACAUUGCCGAGUCCGUGUGGGUGGCCGAGGAGAUACCAUACGACACCGGGUUCAAACACUGCAAAGCCCAGGCUCAAGACUGUCCGUGGCUUUCUCCUGUCGCUCCCAUCCCUGUUCACGGCACCUCAAGGCAUAAUUUCCAUCCCUCUGGUUGGAACCACAGCCCACUUCCGUCUCCCUUUACCUCCAGUUCACCGUUCGGCCCUGGUCAUUUCGUGUUUCAGGGCGUCGUCUGCGCCAUCACGUGUCCCAAAGGAGGGGAGAAGAGAGGCGGUCGAGCUUCAACCUCCAAAGCUCCCACCAAAGAGGCCAAGUCUCUACCAUCCAGGCGAUCUGGACGCAACAGUAAAAGCCAGGAGGAGGCUCCCGCGUCUGAUCCGUCUACACCGCCGCAAUCCAGUACGUCAGACUCCGACUCGUCUACCGGCCAGUCCGCCAAGCCGCCGGGCAGACCGUCUCAAGCGCCAGCCAAGAGGAAGGGCAAGCGGGUGACAAACCGAAAGGCCAGCGGGAAGCGGAAAGCCCCGGCAAGAAAAAAAAAAUCUCCCCAAGUCGUAAGCAGCCCGGCAGCAAGUGAGGAGGACGAAGAGGGUGAUGGAUGUGACAACACGGAGAAGGAGGAGGAAGUGGACAAAACUGAUAAGGAAAAGGAUUUGAACAACUCUAAGCAGCAGCAGUCUGAUGCUGAAGGGAGCCUCAAUGAAGAGCAGAGCGGCUUCCACUCUGCUGACGAGCUCGAAGGCGCUGAACCCUUGAGCAAUGAUGUGGGACAGGACAGCGAUGAGACUCAGGAACAAUCUCAUGAACGUGAACUGAAACCAGAUGAGGGAGACGAGGACCUGUCUUGUCCAUCGGACUCUGCCCCUUACAGCCCUGGUUCAUGCUCAGUGGGCAAGAGGGAGGAGGAGGAAGAGCCAGCAAGCCCUGUUUCCUCUGUAGGAAAGGGCUCUCCAUCACCCUCUCACUCUGAGAAAGGGGCCUCGCCCUCACCCUCUCAUUCUGAGAAUGUCCUUCUGGACAACUUGAUGUCUCCACACUGUGACGAUCAAGCGGAGCAGGACGAUGACGACAUGGAGAUUUGUGCAGAAAAAGCCAACAACAAAGCAUCUUCAAAUGCAGUGAUUGCUGAAUCACGGGAGGAUUCUCCACAAGUGGCUUCCCCCUCUGCCGCAGAGUCUGAGGAUAAUUCGGCCAUCUCGGAACCAAAAGUCUCCGAGGACGCUGAUGUUAAAACCUUUGCAUCAGAACGUAAGCCUUCAGUAGUUGACGGCUCCGAGAAUGCAAAUAAAGAUGACGGUCCAUCUAAGGAUGACACUAAAGUUGUCCCCAUGGAUUGCAGUUCACCCAUGAGCGAGCAGGCCAACAGUCCCAGUUUGGAACUGCCGAAGGAGAGUACUGCCUCGGCCUCUGCGGAACUUUCUGGCUCCACAAGCCAAGGGGCCAAAGACGAGAGCGACGGGGAGCAACAGGAAAGAGAAAGGAGCCAAGAGAGGAAGAACGGCAAGCAGAGGCGCUCUCGCUUUCACUCCUCAACCUCUACCUGGUCACCUAAGAAGGACGCGAAGCUAGAACCACCCAGACGCUCGCGGUCCAGAGAACGUGACGGCAGCCCGCCCUCUAGCCGCUCGUCCCGUGCUCGCAGCAGAGAGAAGGACAGGGACCGGGAUCGGGAUGGUGAGAGAGACUAUUCUAGGCGGGAACAUAGUCGCGAAAGAAGGAGGAGGCGAUCCAGGAGUCGCUCUAGGUCGAAGUCCAAGUCUAAGUCCCGGUCGCGGUCUAGAUCAAGAUCCAGAACAAGAUCCUACAGACGAGGGCCCAGCCCCGAACGGCCGGCCUCCAGAGAGCAGUCUCCUCAGAGGAAGGAGCGUGGAGGUGGCUGGAGGUCCGGGCAGGGCAGUGGGUCUGGUGUUGAUGGACGGAGGUAUCAGGGAGGCGCUGGGCGCUCUGAAAACGGCGUGCCUACGGAAAGUUCCCCUGAACGCCAGGGCUGGUCGGAAAAUCCAGACUGGGUCACAGAAAAGAGUCGCAGCGAUGCCGAGAGCAAGAGCCGGACCAUCGGCCCGAGCUCGCGCUGGGAGUCACGGGGUCGCGGGGGCCGCGGCGGCUCAGAUCGAGGCCGGGGCGCGGGACGGGGCGGCGGCGGCAGCAGCCGUGGCUUCUACAGCCAGCAGGAGGAAACGGCCGACAACCGCUGGCAGCCCCGAAACAACUUCUCAGGUUCAGGCAGCAAUUCAGGGAAUGACGCGUACAGCCGCUACAAUGAAAACCGCGGUGGUUGCCGAAGGAAAGAGUCCGACUCUGGAGACAAUCUGGACCGGUCAGGCUGGUCAUCGGCAUCCAGCUGGGCUGUCCGGAGAACGCUGCCCGCAGACGUUCAGGAUUAUUACUCCAAGAGAGAGAGAGGAGGACCAGGAGGCUGGAACCGACAAGAGGAGGAGCAACCGGCAGCAGCAGAUGCCACUAAAAGCGAGCUUCCGGCCCAGGCCGUGCCCGGUAACGCUCCGGUGCCGGUGAUGAACGCGGCUCCCCCUCAGCUGAACGUUCUUCAGCAUCACUACCCCAUGCAGGGCCCGCGAGGAGCCCUGCCAGUCAGCUUGCAGCCUGCGGCGCCGUACGCCAUGCCGCCUCAGGUCCCCGCGCACCUCCAUCCUGCCGUACCGCUGCUUCAGGUCCCUGCUGUCGGCGCUCAGGGCCUCCCGCCCCCUCCCCCACCACCGCCACCCAUGCAUCAAGGCGGCCAGACGGCAGCGGCUCAGCCCGACGGCUACGCAACACAGAUGGGGAAUACAAUGAUGGGUUAUGGAAAACCCGGCCUUCUUCCCACCCCAAUCAAAGGUGGUGUUACAACGGCGACCUACGGCCAGUCGGCACACAGCCAUGUCGUACCAUCCUCUACAACUCAGCAUGGCCAACAUAAGGCUCAAUCUGGCGGCUCCAAAAAGGAAAAGAAACAACAGAUCCAAGAAAAAGCUGUCAAUGAAGUGAAAAAUGCCAUGAAACCCUAUUACCAAAAGAAGGAAAUCACAAAGGACGAGUACAAGGAGAUUGUCCGCAAAGCGGUAGAGAAGGUGUGUCACAGCAAGAGUGGUGAGGUGAACUCCAGUAAGGUGGCCAACCUGGUGAAGGCCUACGUGGACAAAUACAAGCACGCCCGCAAGAAAUGAAACCCCGCCUGAUGCUGGCGUGGCGACGCCCUCACGGACCCAGCUGCAAAGUGCAAUUUCCUCUGGCUGGAAUUUAGCCUCCAAACUGAAAUUCAACGGAGAGCCGACAUUUUCUUUUUUUGAUAUCUCUACCUUUUAUUGAAUGAAGAUUUUUUUCUAUAGAUUUUCAUAUUUUGUUAGAAAAAGAAUUACCCAAUCAGAAAUUGUAAUGCAAGAGCCCUUUAUUUUGCAUAAGUCAUGUGACUUGGGCAACUACUGUAAGGCGUGCAGGCUAACGUGGGAAGGGUGGGGGUGGGGGUGGGGCUGGGGGGGUUGAUAAGAAAGAUGCAACGCUCAGCCAUCUAUGUCAGCUCAUGUAGUGGAGAGCCUCUUCCAGGGUGCCGGCUGGUACGAUAAACUCCCCCUAAAUGGCUUCCUGAUCGCAUAGCUUAUUAAUUGAAUAUCGUCAACAUUCUUUUAAAAACAAAUAUUAUAUAAUAUUUCAGAUAAGGCCUAGUUAAAAAAACUAAAAAAAAAAAUCUGUGCAUUGCCUUUAUUAAUCUCUGUGGUUCAAUUAAGGGCUGGACUCUGAUGAGUGUGAAUGUAAUUGGGGCCCUGAUUGGUUUAGGAGACGCUUCGUUGGAUGGCCAAUCAGAAGUGAGUUUGUAAGGCACAGGUCCCAGGGGGGCAGAUCACAUGAAACGAGUCCCACCCUUGGUCUGACUAUGUAUUAAAUGUCAAUGGGUGAACAUGAUCUGUGCAAAGUAUCCAGAGUAGUGAAAUAAAAUAGCUGCUUCCUGAGCUGCUGUGUGUUUGUUAGAGGCCUCGUGUGGUGGAAAACACGCCUCCAUUUUCGAUUUUAAAGGUGGAAGUGUUCCUGCCUCUGAGGGCCCUUGUUGAUUUUGGCCCAAUCCCAGCAUCCAUCCUUACAGACUUGCAGACUUUGAGUUGUGCGACCUCAAAGUCUAGGUUCAGGGCUGUCCCACUGUUAAAUUGUUGAGUGUUUGAUGGCUCUCUGGCAGACACGUUGAGCCCUUUAUAACGAGCCCUUUAUAACCCUUUACCUAAGUCCGAAUUAGAUGCAUACUUUGCUCAAGUUCAUAGCCAUGUGAGGUUAAACACAGGGUUACCAGUGGAAGCAUGGGGGUAAAAAAACAAAAAUGUCAGCAAAGAGGAUGCCACAUGGGUGUUCAGCCUGGCAAAUUACAUUCACACAACAUUAAUGGAACAUAAAAUCGGAACAUUGUUUAGUUAUUAAAGCUGUUUUGACAAACAAGUAAAUGGAUCAUUUGAAGUUACCUCAUCUCCUGAGGAAAGUGCCUUGUAAGACAUUAAAAUCGAGGAGUAACUAUUAAAAUAAAUACCCACACUUGUACACUCUUUUGACAUUGCCAUGGUACUGUGAUAUGUCCCAUUCGUAUUUACACAAUGGCAAGCCCUCAGUCUCUCACUCAACCACUUGACAGGUGAAGUCAGCAAGCCCCUGAGGGUUCAGGGUUUAAGGCCUUAAGGGGGACACUGGGAUUGUGCCCUUGUCUAUUGCGUGAUGUUCUGCGCCACACUUCCAAAAUCACCUUUGAAAAGUGUGGUUUCUUUGUAUGUUUAAAACAAUAGGCCAUGCUUACUUUCUCCCAAGUAAAACGAAACUAACCAAAGUGAAUGUACAGUAGGUCGGAACAGUGUCAAAGUAUACAAUAUUAGUCCAGAUAAAACCAUGUAAAGAAUAAACUUGUUCACUAGGGGGGAGCACAAUCAUCACACCAGCUGUUAUGGCAAAGUAGACAGCCCAAAUCUGCUUGUUUACACAUUCAGCAGUUAACGUUCGUUUUUGUCAGAGUUGUUUCUGGAAAGCAGGUGAGUUUCAAGUGUCCUGAGUCACAGACUCGACAGGUGUUGUCAAGAAUCUGGUUAAUUAGACAGUGGGUAAAUAUUUACUGGGAAAUGUAUCCUGCCACAUUGUCUAUGAAUGACUAGGAAUACACGUUUUUUCACUGGAGACACUUUGACAUGUCACAUUAGUAAAAGCGCAGGUAUACAUACGUAUACGAGUAGUGGCUACAUUUUGUUUAACUGCUUAGUUUCAGGGUAUUUCUGCUGUAAUUUACUGGGACACUUGAAUGCAACCGAGUCGUCAUUAAUAUUACAAACACCUGUGCUUUAACGAACAAAGCUAGGAGUUAGAGAUGACCAUCAGCCAUUGUCCGCAUGCGCACACACGUUCCUAACGAGGUCUAAUCAGCCAAUUAAGUGAUAGGCUAUCACCUGUUCAGGUUUACACGGUUUGUGUGCAACAUUUCACAAGCACUAGAAUGAUGAACUUGAUUUAACGGCAAAAAGAACUGUGAGUAAGGAGGUCGCAGAGGGAAUAUGGAGCCAAAUUGACAGGAAUUAUAAUGUUGCUGUAAAAAAACCAACUAAAUCUUUGUCAACUGUUUAAUGGUCAGUAACGGAUGUAAGAAGUUGUACAUGAGGGGAAUGCUGUUCACUGUUUCUUUCUGUCAUAUCUCAUCAUGUUAAAGUACCCUAAUUGAGUCGA